UCUCAAGCAACGCACUUCUUGUCUAAAAAAUAUUCACUCGUCGUUUUUUGUGGCUCGUUGUCCGGUGUAACACCAGAACUUCAACUCUCAUCGAGUGACCAUGGCCAUUCUAGCACUGAAAACCGAAGACAAGUUGGAGUACCAUUUCUAUCCGGUCAGCGGAAGGCAAAUUCAAUUUCGUGUCCAAGCGGCUCAUGAUGCCCACAUUGCCUUGACCUCUGCCCCUUCCGAGACUGAUAAUAUGCUAGAGAUCUUCAUUGGGGGUUGGCAGAACACGAAAUCCGUCAUCCGCAAGAAUAGAACGAAACCUGAAGUAGCAGAAGUCGAAACUGUAGGCAUUUUAGAUGCCAAUAAGUUGCUGGGCUUUUGGAUAAGGUGGAACGAUAACAUAGUCACUGUUGGCAAAGAGAACGAACCCGAGCCUCUACUCGUGUAUGAAAAUAUAGAGCCACUUGAGAUUACCCACUUUGGGGUUUGUACCGGCUGGGGUGCCAGUGGCGAAUGGCUGAUUGAAGAAAGGUGCAUUAUUUAUGGUGAUGAGGGUGCACAAGACGAGGCACAAGCCGAGGAUAUUUCAGAAUGUAUUCCACUUUCAAAUUAUUCCUGGGUCGAAGCAACGUACGGAGUAGUGCCACCCGGUGCUAUGGUCGCCGGCGAAGAUGGUGAGCCGUUAUACGUUGGUAGAGCCCAUCACGAAGGCGCGCUUUUGCCUGGAAAGGUGAAGCCGACGCACGCAGUCUGUUACGUACCUUUUGACGGUCAGGAGAUUCCUAAACAGGAGUACGAAAUACUGUGCAACUGCAACGGGACCUGGACGUCGGUAUCAGGCAGCGACAUUCCACCAAACGCAAUUCUAGGAGGUACGAGCGAGUCGGGCGAACCACUUUACAUUGGCCGUGUUGAUCACGAGAACACCAAAACCCCCGGAAAAGUACAUCCAUCGCACGAAUGCCUCUUCAUUCCCUAUGGCGGUGAAGAACUUCGCUUUCAAGAUUACGAGAUCCUCGUCGAGUAGGCUACUAACGACUCUAGCUACGAUGAAUAUAACGUCAACGUACCUAAUAAGUGUAAAAGCGCACAAUGAUUAAUUAAUUUUUUUUAUUUAUUUAUAGUAUAUUCAUCGCACAACGAGAUCUUAGGUCUUUGCAGAGUAGAGGGGCAUUUAUUUUUAUUUUUAUCACCUCAAGUGCUUCAUAAGUAGAGUACAUCAGAAUAUACAAUAGUGUAUACUAUGAUUAUAAUGCAAGCUAAAUAUUUCAACAGGAGAAAUGUCAAUUUUUUUUCGGUAAUACUAAUUUAUUCAUGAAUAUUACUGGGCAAUUUUAAGAUGAAAUAAUACAUCAGUCGUACAUAAUUAGACUAGCCACACACGAUUUCAUGCAAUUUUUUUUUUUUUUUAUUACUGUUUUUAAAAAAAAGUUAAACAUACGGGAAUCAUAAUGAAGUAAUAUUUCGCAUAGGAGGUGCUUUUUUUUGUAAUUUCAUUUUGAUUCGCUAUACCUCUGUAAAACAAAUUUAUAUUCAUUGUACGCCACAGUACCUUUUUUUAUUAGAUAAUAAUAAAAGGUUAAGUGUCACAUGAAACUUCUGUUAUUUAUAGAAGUUUGAAUUUUACGAAUUAAAUGUACCACGUAUGAAAGGUGUUAUCAAACGAAAUUAUAGACAAUCAGCACCUAA